AUGGCCAGAACGUUUGAAAACCCACUGCCGGAUGCGAAGAACUUUGGCGAGAAUUUGUUGUCAAACGAAACCCUCCUGGCUGUCCUACAGAAAUCCAAAACGACAGCAGAAAGCUGGCUUGGAGAAUCGUCAAAAACGACUGUUAUUGCCGUCCCAGAGGCUUUGAUAUCUGAUCCAAUACGUGCACUUCUGAAGCAACUCGGCGAAGAGGUUGGACUUGACGUACUUCGAGUUUCUAGCGCUCUGACAUCUGCAGCCAGAGGCCACAAGUUGGAUGUCGGACUCUACGACGAAGAACCCUUCCUGAUUUUCAAUAUGGGUAGAGAUAACUUUGAAGUCUCGGUUAUCAACAUUGACCAGGGAGUCGUCGAAGUUUUUUCCUCGUCGAUGAACAACCACUUGAGCCAAGCCUUCGGACCCUUUGCGUAUGAGCUCGAUGGUCAAGCCAGAGAAACUUCUGCCAAAGAAGUCGCCAAUCUCGUUGAGCAUGUAAUUGAGAAGGCUGAUCUCAACAAGAAGGACGUUCCACGGGUCAUCAUGACUGGUGAAUUUACACAACAUCCGGCCAUCCGUGCUAUGCUGGAGGAGUUCUUCAACUACAACUCUUCAGUCGAGUACUUCGUCCACAGCGAGUGGCCCGAGGCAGUCACUCUGGGAACUGCCAUGAUUUCCAGGAUCCUCACGGGAAGGGAAUGCGCAGAGGUUCAAUACAUGUCUAUGGUUCUUCCCCGCUCCAUCGGAGUCGGGAUUGCCGGCGGUGUUACCAGCCAGAUGGUUCAACGAAACACGCCCAUCCCAACAGCGAAGAUACUUAACUUCACAACCACUCUCGACAACCAGACAGUCGUCAUAAUCCCAAUCGUACUAGGUGGUUUUGUCGCCACUGCGAAGAACCAGAGGAUCGCCACCCUGAGACUGGAAGGCAUUCCUCCUGCUCCCCGAGGCGAGCCGGUCAUCAAUGUCCGCAUUGCCAUCUCAGAGGACGAAACCCAAGACGCAGCUGUACUCUUGUCGGCAAAUGCAACUUUGAUUGACUCUCAAGGGGAUAUCUCGAUCAAUCACCAUAUGAUUCUAGACGACUGGAUUAGCUGGAAUGAUGACGAACUAUACCACCUCAUCCUGAAAGAGGAGGCAGAGAAUGGUUAUCACGACGAUAUAUGCCGAAGAGGUCCUUACCUCGACUUCGAUGAAAGCACCCAAGUUUCGACUAAAGACUUUGAUAAUCUAGAUGACUGGUGGGUGACGGAUAGACUGAGAGCGAAGGCAGAUGUGCAGAAUGGACACGCUGCUCGUGCACUUUGCUUCUAUGAGAAAGCAUUGCCUUACUUUCCUAUCGGACAUUCAGAGCUUCAUAAAGAGAUCAAGGCUCUAUGGAAACAAGUACCAGAGCGGAUGGACCACAGUGCAUUUAACGGGGCAGAAAAUGCAUUCCGGAGUCGGUUGAUAAGCGAUUGCUACGGUCAGUAUCCAUGA